UCGUAGGUUGCUAAUGCAUAAAUUUUGUUAAACAGAAUUUGGAGUGAUAAUGAUUUUUGUAUCUUCAGUUUUAGCCAAAUAAUCGCAUUAAACAUGAGUUCAGGUUUUGUAACAGAAGCAGAUGCUGUUGAAGCGCGUAAACGCCGACAGGAGGAAUGGGAAAAAGUUCGUACUCCGGAUCAACCAUUGGAACGUCCUGAAGAGCCAUAUGAUGGGCGAUCACUUUUUGAACGGCUAAAGGAACAAAAGAUGAAAAAGGAUAUGGAAUUUGAGGAAGCGCACAAAUUAAAAAACCUAAUUCGCGGUUUAGAUGACGAUGAAGUGCAAUUCCUUGAGUUGGUCGAUCAAAACAAAAUCGAUGCAGAGAAAAAACAAUUGCAAGAGGAACGAAAGGAACUGCAAGAAUUCCGAGAUCGUGUUGCUACAUUGCAAGAAGAAACUGCCGAUAAAAAGCUACAGUCCGAAAUUAAAACAGGCAAGGUACCAAAAGUUCCAGUAGUCGCAUCCACAACUCGGCCCACACAAAAGUCUUUACUUGGAGUUGGUAUCAAGCGGAAAAAUGGUGAAAUUGCUGGUUCGUCAAACUUUAUUAGUUCGAAAAUCGCCAAAGACUCCACGACACCAAAUUCUGAUAAAACUCCUUCACUUCCCAGCAUUAAUACAAAUAAUUUCGAUAAAGGCCAGCUUAAAUGUAUCGCAGUACUCCCUGGCAUUGGACCUUACACCGAAUCUAGUGAUUCUGAAAUAAGCAGUGGAAGCGAGGAUGAACCGGACAAUGACAGUCAUACCAAGUACGAUUUGAUGGGACGUAAGAGGCAAAAGAAGAAGGGUUGCCAAGACGAUGAUUGAUUUUUGGAUUUUAUACGUCAAAUAAGUAGGAAUGGAGUAUUUAUCCAAUUACGUAAUGGCUUCUACAAAUAAUACAUACUUUAAUAAACUAAGCGAAUGUUGGAUAUAAUUUAAACAAUAAAACCUU